AUGUCGAAGCGCGACCUCCACAUGCAGCCGCGCAUGGUAAAGAAGGGGCCUUUCUCGAUUGAGGCCCCUGGCUAUGAGCCCGUCGACGGCGAGACAAUCCCGCGUCGGCACCCCGCGGCCAAGGACGGCCUGGUACUGCGCCCUUCCGAAGAUGUGACGACCACCUACGAGAACUUCCGCCGCUCCGCCCGCGUGUUCGGGAACUCCAAGGCCGUCGGCAGCCGUCGCUUGAUUAAGACCCACGUCGAGAACAAGAAGGUCAAGAAGAUCGUGGAUGGCGUGGAGCAGGAGGUCGAUAAGCAAUGGACUUACUUCGAAAUGAGCGGUUACACGUACAAGAGCUUCCUCGAGUACGAGAAGCUGUGCUUGGAGCUGGGUUGCGGUCUCCGCAAGCUCGGCCUUGAGAAGAACAGCCGAAUUCACUUGUACGGCGCGACGAGUGCACACUGGCUAGCGAUGUCCCACGGUGCUGCCUCCCAGUCCGUGACCAUUGUGACCGCGUACGAUACCCUCGGCGAAGAGGGCCUGAAGCACUCUCUCGUCCAGACCGGCAGCACUGCCAUCUUCCUCGACCCCAGCCUGUUGAAGUCUCUCAUCAAUAUCCUCCGCAACGUACCCUCGAUCAAGCACAUUAUCUACAACACCGACAACGAGGUGGACCAGAAGCUGCUUGACCAGCUGCACAGCGAGUUCAUUCACCUUAACGUCAUCAGCAUUGAGGAGCUGCGCAAGCAGGGCGAGGAAAACAACGUGGAGCCUGUUCCCCCCACGCCAGAGGACCUCUGCUGCAUCAUGUACACCUCGGGCUCUACAGGCCCACCUAAGGGUGUUCCCCUCACUCACGCCAAUGUGAUUGCUGCCACCGCCGGUGUGAACGAGAUCGUUGGUCCCUACAUCAACCACAAAGACUCAUUGCUGACAUACCUGCCCCAAUCCCACAUCUUGGAAUUCAUGUUCGAGAACCUUUGCUUGUUCUGGGGUGGUACUAUGGGUUACGGUAACCCCCGCACCUUGUCCGAUGCCUCCAUGCGCAACUGCCAGGGUGAUAUCAAGGAAUUCAAGCCUACUGUUCUGGUCGGUGUCCCAGCCGUGUGGGAGUCCGUGAAGAAGGGCGUUUUGAACAACCUGAACAAGGCCAACUUCAUCGUCAAGGGAAUGUUCUGGGGUGCCAUGUCGGCCAAGAACUUCUUGAUGGCCACUGGUAUUCCUGGCUCGGGCAUUGGUGCCUCCAUCCUGGACGCCGUGGUAUUCAAGAAGCUGAAGGAAGCAACUGGUGGCAACCUUCGCAUCGUGAUGAACGGUGGUGGCCCAGUCUCCAAGGAGACACAGCGCUUCUUGUCCAUGGCUGUCGCCCCCAUGAUCAGUGGCUACGGUCUGACUGAGACAUCUGCGAUGGGUGCCCUGAACGACCCUAUGGCAUGGAACCCUAACGCCCUGGGCGAGAUUCCCGCCUCCGUCGAGAUCAAGCUUGUCGACUUCCCCGAUGCCGGCUACCUGACCAAGAACAAACCCCCUCAGGGUGAGAUCUUCAUCCGCGGUGGCAGUGUGACAUCAGGCUACUACGACAACGAGGAGGAGACCAAGGCUUCUUUGACCGAAGACGGUUGGUUCAUGACUGGUGACAUUGGCGAGUUCGACAGCAAUGGUCACCUGAACAUCAUUGACCGCAAGAAGAACUUGGUGAAGACACUAAACGGUGAAUACAUCGCUCUCGAGAAGCUCGAGUCGGUCUACCGCUCGUCUCCUGUGGUUGGUAACAUCUGCGUCUACGCCGCGGAAGACCAGGACAAGCCUAUUGCUAUCAUCGUUCCCGUCGAGGUGGCCUUGAAGAAGAUUGCCAAUGACAACGGUAUCGAGGGUGAUACUCUUGAGACUCUCGUCCACAACGACAAGCUGAACAGGAUCGUCCUCCAGCAGCUUCAAUCCGCUGGCCGUGCUGGUGGUCUGAAGGGUAUUGAGAUCAUUAAUGGUGUUGUGCUGUCUGACGAGGAGUGGACCCCACAGAACGGCUUCAUGACCGCUGCUCAAAAACUCCAGCGCAAGAAGAUUCUCAACCACUACCAGUCCGACAUCAACAAGGCUUACGGCAAGAAAUAA